UAGUGUCAGUCCGGUCUCCCUCUGACUUUUAUUUUAGUUCCUCCUAGCCCGGUCCGGGUGGUGGUAGUGUUUGUUUAUUAUUGGAAUUUGGUUUAGGUUAGGAAGGACUUGAGAGUCGCGUGAACUUUUUCAAAAUAUAAAAGAUGGGCCGUGGUACCUUGUUGGGCCAAAGGGGAGUGUUACGCUUGCUGAGGAAACGUUUCUCAGUAUGCCAUGUUCCACGCAAGGAUGCCCAAGCCACCACGCAAGCGCUGGGCCGUCCGUACAAGGAGCUUUCUAUUGGUGUCCCUAAGGAGGUGUGGCAGAAUGAGAAGAGGGUGGCGAUUACACCUCAAGUGACUGCGACCCUGGUCAAGAAAGGGUUCACAGUGCAGGUAGAGGCCGGGGCCGGUAAAGAAGCCAAGUUCCGGGACAGCUCGUACGAGCAGUCGGGAGCUCGUAUCGUGGAUAACAAGACUGCCUUUGGCUCAGACUUAAUCCUAAAAGUGCGACCUCCCAAAGACACUGAGGUUGAUCUCUUCAAACCAGAUUCUACUCUCAUCUCCUUCCUCUACCCGGGACAGAAUAAGGCUCUCGUGGAGGCUUUGGGCAAGAAGAACAUUAAUGCUUUUGCAAUGGAUUGUAUCCCCAGGAUAUCUCGAGCCCAGGUGUUUGAUGCUCUCAGUUCUAUGGCUAACAUUUCUGGCUACCGUGCUGUUGUUGAAGCAGCCAACCACUUCACCCGAUUCUUUGCAGGUCAGAUCACAGCUGCAGGCAAGGUGCCGCCAGCCAAGGUACUGGUUAUUGGUGGCGGAGUGGCCGGACUGGCAGCUAUUGGACAGGCUCGCAACAUGGGAGCUAUUGUCCGAGCUUUCGACACCCGCUCCGCUGUCAAGGAACAAGUGGAGAGUCUAGGUGCUGAAUUUUUGGAGAUCAAUAUUAAAGAGGAGGGAUCUACAGCUGGUGGUUACAGUAAAGAGAUGUCCAAGGAGUUCAUCGAUGCAGAGAUGGCUCUAUUUGCCAAACAAGCCAAAGAUGUUGAUAUUAUUAUCACAACAGCAUUAAUCCCAGGCAGAAAAGCUCCAGUGUUGAUUCUCAAGGAACAUGUGGACAGCAUGAAGCCAGGUAGUGUGAUUGUGGACCUGGCAGCAGAAACAGGUGGUAACGUUGCGACCACCCGACCAGGUGAGGUGUAUAUAUACAACGAAGUCACCCAUGUCGGUCUCACAGAUCUGGCCAGUCGUUUACCCACACAAAGCUCCACACUAUACGCCAACAACAUAUCCAAGUUCCUGCUCUCCAUUGGUACAAAGGAUCACUUCCACAUCAACACAGAGGACGACGUGGUGAGAGGCAGCCUGGUGCUGGAGGGAGGUCAGCUCGUCUGGCCCCCCAAGAACCCAGUUGUUGUCUCUCCACCACCCCCUCCAGCACCCAAGAAAUCUGACAAGGUUACUGCUGUGGUUCCAGAGGAUUACUUUAAGAGCACAAUGCAAAAUGCUCUUGUCUACACUGGAGGUCUGAGCAGUCUGGUAGCUCUAGGCACUGUUUCUCCCAACCCUCAGUUCACUCAGAUGACAGCCACUCUGGCCCUGUCCACUAUAGCAGGCUACCACACAGUGUGGGGGGUCACCCCUGCCCUCCAUUCCCCCCUCAUGUCUGUCACCAAUGCCAUCUCUGGCAUCACAGCUGUGGGUGGGCUGCUCCUCAUGGGUGGGGGCUACUACCCUACCAACACCGUACAGGCAUUAGCUGCAUCGGCUGCUUUUAUUUCCUUUAUCAACGUUUAUGGAGGGUUUCUGGUCACCAAGAGAAUGUUGGAUAUGUUUAAGAGGCCCACGGAUCCACCAGAGCACAACUACCUGUACGGUAUCCCGGGAGCUGUGUUCCUGGGUGGCUAUGGCUACGGGGUGAUGCAGGGCUAUCCUGAGAUUCACCAGAUGGCGUCACUCGCCUCGUCCUUGUGCUGUGUAGGUGCACUGGCAGGUCUCAGCUCGCAGCAGACCUCUCGUCUUGGCAACAAUCUAGGCAUUAUGGGGGUGAGUGGAGGUAUUGCAGCGACGUUGGGCUACAUGGCUCCAAGCUACGAGGUGCUGGCACAGAUGGGUGGGUGCAUGGCAGUGGGUGGAAGCAUCGGCACUGUAAUCGCCAAGAAGAUAGAGAUCACCGAUCUGCCACAGUUGGUGGCUGCCUUCCACAGCUUGGUGGGGUUGGCAGCAGUACUCACAUGUUUAGCAACAUUCAUUGACGACUUCCCAAGAUUUGUUAGUGAUCCAGCAACAAACGUCAUCAAAACAUCCUUGUUCCUUGGAACUGUCAUCGGAGGAGUCACUUUUAGUGGCUCUCUGGUGGCAUAUGGGAAACUUCAGGGUAUUUUGAGUUCUAACCCUCUGCUGCUACCAGGACGACAUCUGCUCAAUUCAUCUCUGCUAGCAGGCAACAUGGCUGCCCUUGGCUAUUUCUUCUAUGACCCCUCACUGACUGCUGGUCUUAUCACCCUUGGAGCUGCAUCUGGUCUGUCCGCCACCAUGGGUGUUACACUUACAGCUGCCAUUGGAGGUGCUGACAUGCCUGUGGUGAUCACUGUCCUGAACAGCUACUCAGGAUGGGCUCUAUGUGCAGAGGGCUUCAUGCUAAACAACAACCUCAUGACUAUAGUGGGAGCCCUUAUUGGUUCUUCAGGAGCCAUCCUCUCCUACAUCAUGUGCAAGGCAAUGAACAGAUCUUUGCCCAAUGUUAUUCUGGGUGGGUACGGAACCUCUUCAACAGGAUCAGGCAAACCCCUGGAGAUCUCUGGAACCCACACUGAGGUCAAUGUGGACAAUGUAGCCGAGAUGAUUCAGUCUGCCAAGAACAUCAUCAUCACUCCAGGCUAUGGACUGUGUGUGGCUAAGGCCCAGUACCCUCUGGCAGACAUGGUCUCCCUGCUCAAGAAGAAAGGCAAGACUGUCAGAUUCGGUAUCCAUCCAGUUGCAGGUCGCAUGCCUGGACAACUGAAUGUGCUACUAGCUGAGGCAGGAGUGCCCUACGAUGAUGUGCUGGAAAUGGAUGAGAUAAACGAAGACUUCAAGGAGACAGAUCUCGUACUGGUCAUCGGUGCCAAUGACACUGUCAAUUCUGCUGCUGAGGAUGAUCCCAAUUCCAUUAUAGCUGGUAUGCCUGUCUUAAGGGUCUGGAAUGCUGAGCAGGUAAUCGUGAUGAAACGGUCGUUGGGAGUAGGCUAUGCCGCUGUGGACAACCCUGUGUUCUACAAGCCCAACACCUCCAUGUUGUUGGGAGAUGCCAAGAAGACCUGUGACCAACUGCUCAAUAAGGUCAAGGCUCUGUAUGGUGAAGCUGCUGCUGCGUAAUUAAGUGGUCCUCACUCAAACAAAUUACUUGGAUAUUACUUCAUUUAUCCCUAAAUGAAUUUUUUUAUGGAAAGUUUUUGAAACUCUAAAGGUGACAGUGUUUUUUUAUUGCUACAUAAUUUAACCCUUUGCAUUCAAAGUUUUACAACUAUGCUGACUUGAAUCGGCAAUUUGGCUUGGCUGACUUCAGCACUUUUCUUGCAGGUUGAAUGAUUCACAUGUGACUGUGGCAGUCAUCCAAGUACAGCUCAAACGGCUCUAAUUUUCAACAUCUUAAAUUA